GCUACCAAGUCGGCCAGACCAACCAACCAUCAACGCACAGCUCACUCCAGCACUCCUCCUCCCUCCCCCUUCUCUCUCCCUCCCGCUCUGCUGGUCAGGUCGACGCUGCCAUCUGCCUGCCAUGUGGGCCUCGCCAGGGAGGCUGCCGGCGAUGGAGGAGGAGGAGGAGUGCGAGGCGGGCGCGGGCCACCGGGCGCCGAUGGCGUCCUGCUGGGGCCGCUUCGGCCUCGCGGCGCUGUGGCACAGGCUCCGGCACCUUUUCCUGGCGAGGCGGAGGGCGCGGCACGGCCGCUCCAUCCUCGGCGCCGGCGGGCUCAACUACGACCCGCUGAGCUACGCGCAGAACUUCGACGACAGCAGCCUUGAGCUCCACGAGCCGGACUUCACGGCCAGGUUCGCGCCCGCCCGCAACGCCAGCUCGCCCAGGCGGGCAAGAGCAUGACGACGCGCCACUUCUCGGCGCCCCGGUGGCAUACGGAGGAUCCCUUUUGCCACUUCCGUGCGCCCCUUUGAGUGGUAAAAAGGCUUUAUUUAAUCCACGUAUUUUCGGAUAAAUGUACAUGUACGUGUCAUGCGGAUGACGCAAGUAGUUUUCGUUUUUAUUCGCCGGGUGUAAAUAUUCUUGUGCUGUUCUCCAAAAGAAAAAGAAAACAGCAGGGGUUGUGAUGAACUGAAUAGGAGCCUCCUAUUAAAUUCAGAACAAGUUCGUCCUUAUUAA